AACAGUAGUAGUAGCAGCAGUAGCAGCAAUAGCAGCAGCAGUAACAGCAGCAGCAGUAGUAGUAGUAGUAGUAGUAGCAGCAUCAUCAGCAGUAGUAGUAGCAGCAGUAACAGCAACAACAACAGCAGCAGCAGCAGUAGUAGUAGUAGCAUCAUCAGCAGUAGUAGUAGCAGCAGUAACAGCAACAACAGCAGCAACAGCAUCAUCAGCAGCAGCAGGAGCAACAACAGUAGUGGCAGUAGCAGCAGCAACAACAACAACAGUAGCAGCAGUAGUAACAACAACAGUAGCAGCAUAGUAAGUAGCAGCAGUAACAGCAGCAGCAGCAGUAGUAGUAGUAGUAGUAGUAGUAGUAGUAGUAGUAGUAGUAGUAGCAGCAGCAGCAGUAGCAGCAGCAGCAGCAGUAGCAGCAGCAGCAGUAGCAGCAGCAGCAGCAGUAGCAGCAGCAGCAGCAGUAGCAGUAGCAGCAGCAGCAGCAGCAGUAGCAGCAGUAGUAGCAGUAGCAGUAGCAGCAGCAGCAGUAGCAGCAGUAGUAGCAGUAGCAGUAGCAGCAGCAGCAGCAGCAGCAGCAGCAGUAGCAGCAGCAGCAGCAGUAGCAGUAGCAGCAGCAGCAGCAGCAGUAGCAGCAGUAGUAGCAGCAGCAGCAGUAGGAGCAGAAGAAUAUAAGGUUGAGAUGUUCAGAGUUGAGCUGAACGAAGUUUCAUGUAAAUAUUGCCCAACGGUAGAGAAAUGCAUACCAAGAAACUGGAGACAGAAAUAAUAUUUAAGAAAAGAAAUAUAGCAGAGAGAGAGAGAGAGAGAGUACAAUAAAAGAGAGUACUGGUUAUACAUAGCCAGGUGGUACUGUAGCUCAGUAAAUCAAUACUUCGCUCACCAGGGUCAGACAUACAUCAACCUACAUUACCAGUACUGCAUGUAUCUGUUGGAGGUUUCCUAGGGUCAAGGCUCUCCCCUCGCUGCCCGGUCCCACACCAGGCCUCCUGGUGGAUCAAUUCCUGAUCAGCCAGGUUGUUGUUACUGCUGAUCACAUGCAGUCCAAUGUCCGAACCACUGCUCAGUUGAUCAGAAGCUAAUUUGAGGAUGGGUGGCACUAUGGGAUAUACCAAACCAGGCAUCAAUACUGGAGAAACCAGGGGUAUGUACACCAGGGGCCAUACCAGGUAGUACAUCACCAGUGAUACUAACGAAACACACAGCAAAAUAAAGCAUCCCAAAUGGUAAUUCCUGCUUCAUAUUUACAAAUAUUCAGGGUUUGAAAUAAAAAAAUGACAAAGUUAUGUCAGUGGGGCUCCUAUCAGAGGCGGGUGCCAUGUUUGGAGCAUUUACUGAAACACACACAAGGGAUGUUUCGGACGGAGAGAUAAAGAUAGAAAACUAUAACGUGUAUAGAUGUGAUAGAAUUAAUAGAUCACAAGGAGGAGUAGGAUUCUAUGUAAAAGAGACUUUCUGUUUCAUAGAAGUGCUGCUAUGACUGAUAUAGUAGAAAUCCUAGACAUUAAAGUUGAAAAUAGGAAUAUAAAUAUAAAUAGGAAUAUAAAUAUAAAUAUAAAUAGGAAUAUAAAUCACCAUCAGCAACUGCUGAGGAAUUCACAGAUCAGUUAAGGAAGAUAGAUAGCUAUAUGGAUAGGAUAGAUAAUCCCAUACCAAAUAUUUUACUCCUUGAAGAUUUUAAUCUCCCUCAUGUAAAAUGGAAGAUGGCGCAACGCAAUGUUAACCAUAAAUGUCUCCGGGAAGCACCCUGGCUCAGCAGGCACAUACCAGGGAACUAAUGAGGCUUUGUGAAGAGUAUUCAUUGACCCAACAGAUAAUUCAUCCCACUAAAAAUGAAAAUACCCUGGAUUUGAUAUUCACAAACAACGAAGAUUUAAUCCGAGACAUAACAGUUACAAAAACAAUAUACACUCGGAUCACAUCAUAGAAGUUCAAACGAGUAUUAACUUAGGGUUAGGGAACUGCAUCACUAAUGUUAGAGUCGGAAUGUUCAGUAAGUUUAAUUUUAACACACACAAAAAUGACUGGGAAAAAAUAAACCAAGAGUUAUCAGACAUUUACUGGGAAUCAGACAUGAGCGCCCUAAAUCCCCACCAGUGCCUAGACAAACUGAAUAUAGAAACAUACAAGGUCUGUAUGAAGCACAUACUAUUGAGGAAACCCAGAAGAUCAGAUAGAGAGAGCGUAGAUGUUACAGAAGAAGAAAACGGGUUACUGAAUUGCUUAAAAACACAAGUAUGCUACAACAGAGGAAAGAUAGACUUAGCAGAGAGAUCACCGAAUUAGAUCAAAAACUUAGGAUGUCAUAUCAACAGAAGUACGAAGGGCCAUACAGGAUAUUGCAAGAAACCUAAAAUAUUUCUAUUCAUAUGCAAAAUGUAAGCAAAGAACUAACUGUAGAAUUGGACCAUUGUUAAGAGGAGAUUCAUAUACUGACGAUGAGCAGGAAAUGAGUGAAACUCUAAAAGAACAGUAUGAGUCGGUGUUCAGCAACCCACUAAAUGACAGCAAGGUAGAAAAUGCAGAAAUAUUUUUAACUCCAGGAGAAGACCGCCAGACCAACUGACAUUAGUACAAAUCCCAGUUCUCUCUCUUGUCAAGAAGUCGCCUCGUACAGAAUCUUGUAACCUCAACUGUCGAGCAGAUGAGAGAUAUGUCUAAGUGCUGUAAGCUCGCUCGCUCUCUCUUUGGUACGAAGUUUUUUUUUUGUGAAGAGAAUUGUAGAAGAGUGGAACAAGUUACUCGCCAAAGUUGUAUGUGCGAACACAUUACAUUUUCAAAAUAUUUAUUUUAUUAUGCAGUUUUUGAAUUCUGGGAAUUAAUGGACUUUUUUUUUUUAUGGAUAGUGGCAGUGUUUACCUUUGCCGAAAGUUUCUUGCAAAUUGGUUGAAAAACAAAAAAAAUAUGAAUAAAGCAUAUUUCUUUUCUUCCCUUCUGUUGCAUUACUGGGCAGUAUAAAACAUCUUGGGUGCCAGACAUCGAUAAAACACACCCAAAUGGCAUCCAAAAUGUUCGAACAAUUUACUUUUUGGCCUUGUGAAAUGAUAUAAAUAAAAUCCCCUCAAAAAUAAUACCAAAAACCUUUAAAAAAUUCAGGCUGUUGAAGAUUAGUCAAAAACAAUAAACAGCAUAUCUGUGAACAUAAGUUUGUAGAACCGUCUUAUAAUCUAUAACUUACAAAAUAAUUGGAAUGGAUAACUCGAAGUCAAGGAACUAAAAUGAAAGGACAGUAUGAACAAAAAAAAAAAAAACUCGUUGGAAGAGAACAUACUAGGUAGCAUCUCCAGCCGUGGUCUGGAGUAUACUGAGUGCUGAGUCGGUGUUGCUGAUGUACCAAACAUCCAGACAACUUUUGAGUUGCCACUCCGCGUUUCUACAUAAGAAUACUUGUUAAUGAAUGAAAACCAAAUCAUAAAUGAUUACAUAAAACAGUAAUUACAUAAUUUGGUCUAUGUAACGUCAGUGAUGAUGAUAGCAAACAAAACUCUGAAAUGGUUUAGAAUUGUAAAAAUUAAAUGAUGUAAAAUCCAAAAUGUAGCUCACUUCUACGAAAAUUUUACGAGACUCGGUUAUUCAACUUAAAAGAAAAAUCCUUGCCUAAAAUAUAGGUAUCUUCGUCCUCAAAAACCAGGUGGGGAAGUAUAGGAUUUAAGUAGAUACUACUCUAGGGAAGCUGAUAUUUAUCAGCUACAUCACGACGAUCACUUGACAACAAGCUGACUAACUUAGAGUAGUAGUGAUUGUGAUAGAAGUAAAUUGGCUACAACUACCUCAACUUAAUUAGAACUAUUUUUACACUACUGCUGUUGCUACACAAUCACUUAAAGAUCUGUGUGUACCAGUGGUAUCCAG